ACAACAUGCACAUUUUCUUGAGACAAACAGCAUUGUAAUAAAUAUUUCAUUUUUCUAAUCUCAUUUCCUACAGCCUUAAAAGUCUCUCCUCCAUCCAAACCUUGAAAAAAAAACUCAACUUUGGUUUUCCUCAUAUUGUAUUUUUCUCAUAUUCAUCAAGAAAAAACUUAAUUCUCGUCAUUUCUUUUGCUUUAAUUUUGUUAGGGGGUUGCCGUUCGUCGUCGCUCGGUUUUCAACAUGGCGAACGCAAAAUCAGGAAUGGCGGUAGAUGAUGAAUGCAAAUUGAAGUUUUUGGAGUUGAAAUCGAAAAGAAAUCAUCGGUUUAUAGUGUAUAAGAUAGAGGAGAAGAUGCAACAAGUGAUGGUAGAGAAGAUUGGGAACCCAAAUGAAACUUAUGAAGAUUUCACCAAUUCUUUGCCUGAGAACGAGUGCCGUUAUGCUGUUUAUGAUUAUGAUUUCACAACAAAUGACAAUUGCCAAAAGAGCAAGAUCUUCUUCAUUGCAUGGUCACCGGACACGUCAAGAGUGAGGAGUAAGAUGUUGUACGCAAGCUCAAAGGACAGAUUCAAGAGGGAGUUGGAUGGUAUUCAGGUUGAAUUGCAAGCUACAGAUCCAAGUGAGAUGACUUUUGACAUUAUCAAAGGGAGAGUUAACUAAAUCAGGAUUGCAAUGCUGAAUAUGCGCAGUAUUUUUCGAGUUCUCGAUACAAAUUCAUAAACCUACUGCUCCUGUAGAUCGAUGCCCCUGCUUCAAACAUACAGAGGAGAUUGGAAAACUACCAACUAACUGUGUAGUUUCUCUCCAAUGUUUUUCUUUUCAGGAUUUUGACCUUUUAAUUCUACUGUUGAUUUGUAUUUAAGCAUUUUAAUUGUUCCUUCAUUUUCUAUUGAAAUUGUUUUCCGUUGAAAAAAACGGAGUUUUAAAUUAAACAUGUAGAACAAAUUUUUAAUUUAGUAGUAUUCUUUUUCUUCAA